AUCGAAGUAGACAUGGUUGUAAUAGAGAGAGGUGUGCUUGAAGAGAAUAUCCUCUGUCGUUUGCUAUAAAUUACUAAUAAACAAACUCAUAUACCUUCUCGACCGUUGUUUAGGACUAUCAUCCAUGCCAUUCUGUUCUCGUUGCGGUGAUAUUUGCAAACCGGGCGAUAAGUGUAAGAAGUGUGGUGGUAGCGCAGUCAGCGGACAAGUGAAAUGGCCAGCAGAAUCAAAAAAGUCAGACAGUUGGAUAAGAACCUACGUUAAAGCAUCUAAUAGAAAGGAUGUAUUUACAAAUCACACGGAGGCACCAAAAAAGGAGCACAUUGAAUGUCCCUCUUCACCCUUAUUGGAAACUGCCGAUGGUACACUUACAAAACUCGUAGGAAGUGUUUUGUCGCCGGAGACACCACUCACUCACCCAUUCUGUGAAAGCUGCGCUGUACGUUUUGCUCCAAAUGCUACACUUUACAUCCACCCUGAUGACGACGCUGGAAGUCAACGCGCACGCGCGUAUUGCUAUCACUGCUUUGUCGCAUACUUCUCUAAGGGGACGUGCGUUGUAUGCUCAAAAGCUGUCUUGGGUGAGGUACGCGUUGAAGGGAAGUAUGUUGAGACAUCCGCUGGAAUCUUCCACGCGAAGUGUUUUGAAUGCGAUGGUUGUGGUGUUGAUCUCUCGAAGGAUCCAAUAGUAGAUCUCUCUGGUUGGCCAUGUUGCUCUGGUUGCUUUGAUGGCAGCGUAGCACGUGCAGAAGCCCGUAGGAAGGGGGGAAAGCAACAUCGUAAGACAACCUCAUUCGAUCCAGCGAUACGGGGUCUCAAUAACAGACUCGGAUUGUCUGUCUCACCACAGACAUCACCAAGCAGACGUAGUGGAAGACUCUCACAAUUAGAGACAGAUAUGAGCGCUGUCAGUUUAAACUCCACGCCAGAGAAGGAGGGCAGUCUCGCUAGUCUUGCCGACGUCGCGUCCAAAACAAGUAAAGAGAGGAGACUCUCCGCUCGUGAUAUCGUCACAGGAAGGAGCUUCGAGGGUGUAACGAAAUACGCAAGUCCACCGCCAUCUCCACCGAAGAAACGUGAUUCUAUUGAGACAUUCCCUCGUCCUUCACAAGUUCGCAGUCGGUCGCAAUCAAUUGAUAACACUGACAUCUGCAAAUCUUGCAGAUUGGAAAUCACCACUACAAUCGUGCGUGUACCAGGAGAAGGUGUUUUCCAUUCCGCGUGUGUCAAGUGCGCACAAUGUAACACACUCUUGGCUAAUGAAGAAAGUGAUAAAAUGACAGUGAUGAAAAGACCUUCAGAUGGUAAACUAGUACAUGUCGGUUGUCUCCCCGGUGGUGCUAUGCCGGCAUCUCCAAGUAAAUCACCACUAAGGGCGACAAACGUGGCGAACGACAUUAAUACCUCGAGAAGCGUUUACAAAACUCCACCAAAGGGUGUCUCGAAGGCGCCAAUUCACGCGACAUUGACACCUUCCCCUAGCACGGCUGUGAAACCAGUUCCACGGACGACAAAGACGCCAUCACCAACUAAGCAACAGAAAAGCAUCUGGGCUACCCGUUCCUCGCCAUUCUCAAGCUCAGCCUUUGGGGGUAUGUCCAGUUGCCCCUCAUGUGGGGACAAACUUACGCUUUUUGAAUGCACACCUGGACCAGCGGGUACUAAAUACCACAAAAAAUGUCUGAUAUGUCGUGGCUGUUCGAAAGGUUUAGACAGUUUUGCAAAAGUCGAUUUCGAUGGCUACGUCUGGUGUCGUGGUUGUUUUGAUACUUAUGUACCAAAGCCACGUCCAAUGAGUUAUUUAUCUAGCUAACACCUCG